AUUCUGGACAAUUUUAGGUUAUGGUGACGUAAAAACUCAAGUGGCGAGAGGACAAGAAUCCUCGCUUAUCUGUCGUGACGUCAUGGUUACGUCAUCAGACAGGAAAUCCCCACAUUUUCGCGCCAACCCAAUGAGUUGCCCCGUAACGUGACGCUUAAUCAUUCCUUAACCGCGUUGUUUUAUGUAUAUAUAUGUUCGUGACUGCUAUAUUUAGUAUACUAGCUACUCACUGCUUCACAUACAGCACGUACAAUCACGGCCGCCAAGGACCAGAAACUUGCUGGCAAAUUCUAUGGAGAUCUUGAAUCAAACGCAUCAACCGUUGCUUCCGCACCUUCUCACCACCCCAAGACAUCCUGUUGUCAUGGCAACAUCAUCUCUAUCAUCCAAGGACAAGCUCCUUGGUUCAUGUAAGCAGGCGCUGAAGGACCAGCCACCUUUACUGAAGAGGCCGUUAGUUUCAGUGGCUGGAGCAGAGGGAGGAGGGAGACAGGGAAAUGUUUUUCGAGUGAUGCAAUGGAACAUCCUGGCACAAGCACUUAGCCAAGCAGACGACAGUUUCGUCCGUUGCCCACCGGCAGCGCUCAACUGGGAUGUGAGGAAGUUCAGAAUCCUGGAAGAGAUCCUCGCCUAUGGCGCAGACGUCCUGUGUUUCCAAGAGGUCGACCACUACCACGACUUCCUGGAACCUGCCCUGAAGAGUUUAGGUUACCACGGACUGUUCUACCCCAAACCUGACUCUCCUACACUCUACUGCCCCAAUAACAACGGCCCAGAUGGCUGUGCUCUCUUUUUCAGGAAGGAAAAAUUCUUGUUAGUCGAUGCAGAUGGAAUUGUUUUAUCUUCCCGUGGUUGUGAAACAAACCAAGUGGCUUUGUUUGCCAAGCUGCAGUUCUCAGAUCCAUCCACAGGGGGCGCUAAGCCCUUUGUUAUUGGAGUGACCCACCUCAAGGCAAGGAAGGGGUGGGAAAGGCUUCGAUCCGAACAGGGUAAAGAUUUACUGAAACAGACACAGAAGUUUUCUGGGAAGGGUACGCCCGUCGUUCUGUGUGGUGACUUCAACGCACAACCAGCAGAAGACGUGUACAGUGUGUUGAGCAAGAGUAAGAUGAAGUUAAACAGUGCGUACAAGAGUCUGAGCGCGGACGGAACGUCAGAACCGGAGUACACGACGUGGACGGUCAGGACGGACGGGGAGUGGCGCCAAACGUUAGACUACAUCUGGUUCUCCCAGGACAAGUUUCAGGUGGAAACGUUAGUGGACAUCCCGACAGAAGAGUUGGUCGGAGAGACACGGUUUCCUUCUCAUACUUAUCCAUCUGAUCACCUGUCCCUGGUGUGUGACUUCAAGCAGGUUUAGGAACACGUCUUUUCAAUGUGAUGUUCACCAAAGUAGUGUAACAAGCAAUAAGAUAAAGCUGUAAACCUCUUAACUUAUUCAAAGUCUCGAUUUUAUGGUAGGUUUAUUUAUUUACUGAAAGUAUCAAUCUUUUAUGAUUUUAGCUCUGGAGUGAAGUGUGAAAUCAUGUACAUGUACCAGUAUUUAAUUUAAGAGAUGUUAAACCUAAAAAUAUUAAGAUAGAAAGCAGGAGGAUUCUAUAAUUUGUUUACUUUGUAGACACGAACUUUAUAAUGUCAAGAACAGUUA